AUGUCAGAAACAACAGAGGCACAGAUGGAGCUGUGUUCUGGAGAAGAGCGGAAUGGAAGGGAUCCUGAGGGAGAUGUUCUAACAGAGGGUCGGUCGUUGAGCCCCAGCAGCACGCCAAGGAAUUCCUGGAGGUCGACCAGGGACCGACGCUCUCUCCCUUCCCUCCCCAACACCUCCCAGACUAUAUGCAGGUCAAUCAGCCAAUCCCUACCAGAGGAGGAGAGGCAAGAGAAACUGAUGGAGGCUUCUAUGGGGCUGGCAGUCAAGAAGUUGCAAGACUCACUGAGCAUGACACCAAAAGGCAGUUUAGAGUCACUUCAGACACAAGUGGAGGCUUUACAGAAGGAGUGGUGGUGCCUGGCCAAAGACCUACGCAAUGAGCCGCAGUGUCAGCAACCUCCCACUAGCACAGCCAGUGACACUGAAAUGCAGAACACCAUGGAGCAGGUCAGGAAGGCUAUACACAGGCUGCAGGCUGAGAGUGCGUCUUGGGAGGCCCUGUUAGACAAGCACCGGAGUAAAGCUGAACAAUUAGACAGGCAAUUGGAGCAAUGCCUGGAGAAUGGGGUGAUGUUAGACCCUCGCUGCCUGGCCCAGUCCUCACAGAGCCAGCUCAUCCAGAACAAACCUGAUUACCACAGUGUGCUCCGCAGACAGCGGGCUGUACUGUCCACUGUAGAACUGGUGGUAAUACGAACAAACUUGUAUUAGUCCACUUGGGGAUGGUUUCUUGAACACAGUUUAGUCCUAGACUAAAAGCAAGCUCAAUGGAGAAUCUCUAAUAGUUUUGUAGUCCAGUAUUUGGCUCUGUGUCCAGGAAAAUGGCCUUUGGGAGUAUUUGAAAUGUAAUGUUCUAUUGGGUAAAUCUUAACUUGCAUUUAAGUCAGAUUUCCACUUAGUCCUGCAUUGAUGGCAUUUUUUAUUUAUUUCACCUUUAUUUAAACGGGUAGACCAGAUGAGAACAAGUUCUCAUUUACAACUGCGACCUGGCCCAGAUGACGCAAAGCAGUGCGACAGUUACACAUGGAUAAACAAACGUACAGUCAAUAACACAAUAUAAAAGUGUAGUAAGAUUAGGGAGGUAAGGCAAUAAAUAUGCCAUAGUGGUGAAAUAAUUACAAUUUGGCAAUUAAACACGAGUGAGAUGUGCAGAAGAUGAAUGUGCAAGUAGAGAUACUGGGGUGCAAAGGAGCAAAAAGUAAUAUGGGGAUGAGGUAGUUGGGUGGUCUACUUACAGAUGCGCUGUGUACAGGUGUAAUUAUCAGUAAGCUGCUCUGACAGCUGAUGCUUAAAGUUGAAGGACUACUAUGAUCGACUACGAGUAAUUACACAUUUGACUGAAGUGGAAGUUAGAAUUCACCCCCUCAGUGUUCCAUGUCCCAUGGUCAAAUUAAGAUGGUAGCUGCAGUGCACACAUUAUAAUUCCAAUGCAAUAAAAACAUUUUUGACUA